AAUUAUCAUGGGAAGCACGUUCAAGAAGUGGCCUACCACAUUGAAAAACAAAGCAAAUAAACAAAAUAGGGAAUCAAUGCCCUUUAGAAAAACAAAUGGCUCCUCCAAGUUAGUCUGGUGGCCGCCUUAUUCUUUGUAUAUAUAUAUGUAUGUACAGCCAGCCAGUUUUGCCACCAAAACCAAUAUUGUCAACAAAAUGAGUAGAAAAUAUGCAAGAUUGUGUGGUGGCCGUCCCACUAUUUGUGUUCCGAUCCAUUCUCUGUCUCUUCGAUCAAAACACACCUCCAGACGAUGUUCUGGUUCGAUCAAAACUGAUCAUAACAGCACAGAAUUCUUGAACAAUAUUAGCAGCAGCAAGGAUGAUUUCAGUGCUGACAGUUUGAAAAGAGGGUCGUCUGAAGUUGGGAAUAAGAUAAUGGUUGUGGUGGAUCCAAGCCUUGAAGCUAAGGGUGCUCUUGAAUGGGCCCUGUCACACACAGUACAAACCCAGGACACCAUUGUACUUGUUCAUGUAGCUAAGCCCUCCAAACAAGGUGCAGAGUCAGAUGGGAAGAUCAAUUUGAGGGCUUUCGAACUUCUUCACUCUAUGAAAAAUGUGUGUCAAAGGAGAAGGCCUGGGGUGGAAGUAGAGGUAGUAGUGGAAGAAGCAAAGAGACAAAGGGCGUCCCUACUCGUUCUUGGCCAAAAAAGAAAGAGAUCAAUGUGGUGGCAGCUCAUCAAGAGGUGGACAAGGAGCAGAUCCUCCGGCGAGGUAACUGUCGAAUACUGCAUCCAAAAUGCUGCAUGCAUGUCGAUUGCCGUGAGGAGGAAGAGCAAGAAACUUGGAGGCUACUUGAUCACCACUAAGCUUCACAAGAAUUUCUGGCUUCUAGCUUGA